AUGCCUCCCAAACACAUCGCCAUCGUCACCAGCAGCACGCGCUCCCCACGUCUCAACCCGACCAUCACGCAAUACGUCUAUGACGUCCUAACUAACGACCCAACUCUUCCAACGCAAAAACCAUCCCAAACCUCCCCAGAAACCAUCGAUACCGAUCCCCGCCACAUAACCUUCACAAUCCUCGAUCUAGCCAAACAAUCCCUCCCCCUCUACGACGAAUCUGUCAUCCCUGCCAGCCUGCCCGCUGAUGACCCAACACCACACUACACAAAGCCCCACACACGCGCCUGGUCCGCCGUCGUCCGCGACUUUGACGCCUUCAUCUUCGUCACGCCCCAGUAUAACUGGAGUAUCCCCGCCAGCCUGAAGAACGCGCUGGACUAUCUGUUCCAUGAGUGGAAGGGCAAGCCGGCGGGGAUCGUAUCGUAUGGGUCGCGGGGUGGUGGGAAGGCGGCGGAUCACUUGCGAAGUAUUUUGACCGGAUUGAGAAUGAGAGUUGUUGGAACAGCGCCUGGUUUGUCUGUGAGGCAUACGGGUUUACCGGUUGGGGCAUUGUCGGAGGAUGAGGUCAAGGUUGAGUUGGAUGGGAGAGAUGUGGAAGGAUGGAGGGAGGCUGGGAUAGAGGGGAUGAUGAGGAAUUUGGGGAUGGAAUUGGUCUGUGAGUUAGAUAAGGAAUAG